AUGAAGUCUGCAUUGUAUUUGUGUUUGUUACUCCUUGGACUUCAAGCCCAGGGUCCACAUGGGUCCAAACUCAACGAUGAGGAGCAGGAACAAGAAAAACUCCAUUCCCCACAAGACCAUUCCCAGGCUGAAGGUGAACACUUGCCCCAUACCAAGAUAGCCCCCAGCAACUCCAACUUUGCAUUUAGGUUUUACAAGCAGGUCAGAGAGGAGGCAGGCAACAAGAAUAUUUUCUUCUCUCCUUUGAGCAUCUCGACUGCCUUUGCAAUGCUCUCCCUGGGGGCCAGAUCAAACACACUCAGACAGCUGCACAAAGGCCUUGCUUUCAACCUGACAGAGAGGGAGGAGCAGGAGAUCCAUGAGGGAUUUCAGCAUGUCCUCCAGCUGUUGAACGACCCUCACCGAGACGUCCAGUUGAACAUGGGCAAUGCCCUGUUCAUAGAUGGUCGGCUGCAACUGCUUGAAAAAUUUUUGCGUGAUGUCACAAAAUUUUACUAUUCUGAAGCUAUUUCUAGUGACUUCCAGAAUUCUCCAGAGGCUGUAAAGGAAAUCAAUAAGUACAUUGAAACAAAAACACACAGCAAAAUUGUUGAUUUAGUUAAGAGUCUUGAUCCGGAGACUGUGAUGGUUCUGGUUAACUACAUUUUCUUUAAAGGUUCCUGGGAAAGACCUUUCAGCAAUUUGGCCACGAGAGAGGAUGACUUCUUCUUGGAUACCAAGAAUUCUGUAAAGGUCAAAAUGAUGCACCAAAGCAAAGACUUUAAUAUCCAUAGGGAUGAGAAGUUGUCUUGCUGGGUAGUAGAAAUGCCAUACAAAGGAAAUGUUACUUCAUUGUUUGUUCUGCCUGAUGAAGGGGCAAUGAAACAGGUGGAAGAUGCUCUGCUGAAAGAAACUGUGUCUAACUGGAUGGAAUCACUCAAAAAAAGAAAAAUCUACCUGGACCUUCCAAAAUUCUCUAUCUCUGGUUCCUAUGACGUUAAGAAUCUGUUUGAGAAAAUGGGCGUGACAGAGGUGUUCAGUGACCAGGCUGACCUCUCUGGAGUGGCAGAAAAUAGUCUCCUGAAGGUUUCCAAAGCAAUUCACAAGGCCGCGGUGGAUGUUAGAGAGAAUGGCACAGAAGCUGCUGCAGUGACUGUGAUCGAAGUGACACUAUACUCUAUAGAGAUUCCUCCUCCUCCUCACAUCAGCUUCAACAAGCCCUUCCUAAUGAUUAUUAUUGACAAAAUCACCAACAGCAUUCUCUUCCUGGGGAAAAUUGUGAACCCAGCUUCUAAGGAAGACUAG